AUAAACCCUAAACUCGUGGAUACGGAAGACGAUCUCGUACGGGUAGCUCAUGGAUAACUCAGUCGAGUCAGGUGAGAAGCGUCUUAGGGUAUUUGGAGCUCUCUCUGGGCGCCGAUCGUUCUCUUCUUCAUCUUCUCCUUCUUCCGCCACAAUUCCACUGCCAUGCGAGACGAAGCGCAUGAAUCUCUUCUCGGCAGUGAACGAGGCGCUUCACAUUGCGCUGGAAUCGGAUCCAAGGGCCUACGUGUUUGGAGAAGAUGUUAAAUUCGGUGGAGUUUUUAGGUGCACUAGCGGGCUGGCGGAUGCGUUUGGGACGCAUCGAGUUUUCAACACUCCUUUGUGCGAGCAAGGACUCGUUGGAUUUGGAAUUGGUCUUGCUGCUAUGGGAAAUCGUGCUAUCGCCGAGAUCCAGUUCGGAGACUACAUUUUCCCAGCGUUUGAUCAGCUCGUGAACGAAGCUGCAAAGUUCCGGUACAGGAGCGGAAAUGCUUUUAAUUGUGGAGGUCUCACUGUAAGAUCUCCGUAUGGUGCCGUAGGACAUGGAGGCCACUAUCAUUCCCAGUCCCCAGAAGCUUUUUUUUGCCAUGUUCCUGGUCUAAAGGUGGUGAUUCCAAGGAAUCCGUCACAAGCGAAAGGAUUGUUGCUUGCUUCUAUCAGAGACCCGAAUCCUGUUAUAUUUUUCGAACCGAAGUGGCUGUAUCGUCUAUCCGUGGACGAGGUUCCAGAGGGAGAUUACAUGCUUCCUUUGUCCAAAGCAGAGGUGAUACGCGAGGGGACAGACAUUACACUAGUUGCGUGGGGAGCGCAACUCGCAGUAAUGCAGCAAGCAUGCGCCGAGGCCGAAAAGGAAGGAAUCUCGUGUGAGCUCAUUGAUCUGAGAACUCUCAUUCCAUGGGACAAGGAACUCGUGGAAGCUUCGGUGAACAAAACGGGGAAGUUGAUAGUUAGCCAUGAAGCGCCAGUCACUGGAGGUUUUGGCGCAGAGAUCGCAGCAACCAUUGCGGAGCGUUGUUUUCUACGGCUCGAGGCCCCGAUUGCGAGAGUAUGCGGCCUUGACACGCCGUUUCCUCUUGUCUUUGAGCCAUUCUACAUGCCUACAGCAAACAAAGUUUUAGACGCAAUCAAAGCGGCUGUAAAAUUCUAACUAUCAAAGUCUCGCUAGACACGAUCGAGCGAGAAAAAUUCUCUACAAGAAAAGAGCGUGAACACCGGGUUCGCUCUUUUGACUCACAACUUUACGCCAAAAGCAAAGGAAAAAGUACAAAGUGCCCCUGUAGUCCACGGAUUGCGACUCUAUAUUUUUUAUAUGGUCCUUUCCUGGUGCCAUGAAAGCCGCGGUGGAUUCAAGCUCAAAGUUUCAGUUUCCAGAUCAAAGCGACAAAAGGUACAAGGAAGUGUGUCAUAUGAAACUACUGCUCUCUCAAUUCCAAUUCAAUUCCAAGGUACUGCCAAGGCCAAAACAUGAUAUAUUUUCUUUCUUCGUUAUUUCUCCAGCCUUGAUCGAUUUGAGUCCCUGUCGAUAAAAGAAUGUCCGUUCAUUCCGGUCCAGAGAGACAGUGCUCAUAAAAAAAGCUUGAAAUUUUUUUUC